AUCAAAAAAAUUAGACAUCCAGAAAACUUUUCACUCUUCACUUCUAAAGCAUAUAGAUGCCGACCACCACCUCUACACGGAAUCACUUGGUGCUAGUCCAUGGGCUAUGUCAUGGAGCUUGGUGUUGGUACAAGGUUAUGACCGAUCUUAGAUCGGCUGGCCACCGCGUGUCAGCAGUGGACCUUGGUGGUUCUGGGGUGCACCCAAUUCGGCCUGACGAAAUAACCACUUUCUCUGAUUACAUCCAUCCACUUAUCCGGUUUUUGGAGUCGUUAUCAGCCGAUGAAAGGGUGGUAUUGGUUGGACACAGCUACGGCGGACUUGCCAUUUCUCUAGCCAUGGAGAGGUUUCCUCAAAGUGUCUCGGUCGGAGUUUUCAUCACUGCCUACAUGCCUAAUUGUAGGGACCCACCCGCCCUCCAGAUGACAAAGUACUUUAAGAAUUUGAAGCCGGAAAUGAAUAUGGAUUGCCGGUUCACGUUCAAAAACGGAUCACCGGAAUCAGCUGAACUAGGUGACAGUUACUUGGCCACCAUGAUGUAUCAGAAUUGUCAACCGGAGGACCUGGCCUUGGCGAAGACGUUGAUAAGACCGGGUCACUUUUUCUUGGACGAUAUGAGCAAGGAUUCUCUUCUAACCAGUGAUAGAUACGGCUCGAUUAGUAGGGUUUACGUGCUGUGCGAAGGUGAUCGUGUUAUGGAUGAAGAGUUUCAGAGAUUUGUCAUAGAAGACAGUCCCCCUAAUGAAGUCAAAUCUUUUCCAGGAGCUGGUCAUAUGCUCAUGUUGUCUAUGCCGAAAGAUAUAUCUCUUUAUUUGCAGGAAAUAGUUGCUAGAUACCCGUGAUUCUAUAAGUAUAUUAUGUAGUUCAACAACGUUUGUGAGGAUGAUCUAAAAUAACGUGGUUUAUGAAAAGUUAAAGCGCAAUUUAUUUCA